AAUCUAAAUUCUGUCACUUGGAAUUCAGUUGUUGAUUUGAACCCUCCUCAAACCUAACUUGACCUGACUGUCGCGGACCGUCGACCGUGUUCAUUUUCUUUUCACAUUUCUUCUCUCUCUUCGUGAACUUCCGUGCGUUUGGAGUUCAUUUAAUCACUCUUAUCAGUCAUAAAGAAAAUAUGCCACGAGAAAUCAAAGAGAUCAAAGACUUCCUGCUAAAAGCCAGGAGGAAAGAUGCAAAGUCUGUGAAAAUCAAGAAGAACGCCGACAAUGUUAAGUUCAAAGUUCGAUGCUCCCGAUUUUUGUACACCCUUGUUAUCACAGACAAGGAGAAGGCUGAGAAGCUCAAGCAAUCCUUACCACCAGGUCUACAAGUAAAGGAAGUAAAAAGGAGUGAACGUGUGUAAAAUGACUAAAUAAAGCAAUCUUCUUUAACACAA